AUGCGCCAGCGCGGUGCAGGCACGCGCAAAAUCAAGGAUGUCGAUUUCGGAUUCUCCUUCGGCUCACCAGUGGCCGCCGCUCCACAGCAGCCAUCGCGUCAAAGCCCUCAGCCUGCUCCAGCUCCUCCCGCUGGCCUGGGGCCUGCCGAGCAACCUCAAACCCCAGAAAGACAAAAGCCUGCUCCCCAGCUGUCACCAAACAAGGCGCCGGAAGGAUCGCAAGGUCAUGCGGAACCUAUCCGGACUCCUGGGAGCUCGCGGAAUAGGCUUCCUGAGAGACCUUCGACCUUCGACAUUCCGCUAGACGAGGAGCAGUUUAGGAGCAACAAGAGAAGGAGAAUUGGUACAGCAAGUACAGUUCUCGAGGAUGCACCCGCUCCUCUGUUGGAGAAUGCGCAGGCCGAGCAUUCAGCCCCUCCGACUCAAGAUGCGACUACAAACGAUAACAGCGUCCAGCCUGACGGUGAAACAGCCUCGAUCCCUGCGGCGACUCCUCAUAUCAACGGAAGCCAGUCUCAAGAUGCCUCUGAUCAGAUACCUGCUCCUGAGCAGCAGGACACAGGUGCCUUCGAUCAGACUACAAUACCGGACACAGAGGCAAAAGCUACGACAGAAAAUGACAAACAGAACCUGUUGGAGAACGGAGAAUCUGUACGGGAUGAGCGUCAAAAGAACAAACGAGCAAUACGAAAACCGAUCCCCCAACAACCUCCAGACCGUGAGCAGUCGGUUGAGAAGGUUCACGAUCAGGAGAAUUGGAAAGUGGUGACCGAACAGACAACAGAGGUGCCUAGCCCAGAAAUUCCUGCUGAUGCACCUGCGGAAGAGGCAAAGGAGAAUGGAGAUUCUCCGCAGAGCCGAGGGACACGGAGGAGAAGAGCGGGAGAUGACACUGCAGAAGAAACUGGCCAAGAAAAUGGUGAAAUUGAAGACCAGGCAACGAGGAGAAAACCUAGUCGGAGGAAAGCGCGUCAAGAACAGAUUAGUCAAGAGGACAAAAAUGAUGCACCACCUGAGCCCCCUGUAGUGCAGAAAGAAACUAGUCAAGAGAGCGAGGAAAUUGAAGACAAUACAGCGAGGCGAAGACGCGGUCGGAGAAAAGCGCAUCAAGAAGAGAUCAGUCAAGGGAAAGACGAAAAUGACGCUCCCCCUGAGCCUCCUGUUGUGCAGAAAGAACCCGCAGCUCCAGCAUCAGCUGAGGUCCCCGAAGCAGAGCCUGACCGGCAGGAAGCUGACCAAGAAGAGCGUGGAUCAGCUGAGCGACCUCCGAAGAGACGCAAGCAAAGACAAAAGCAGGCGCAAAAUGCAGACGACCGUGUCACAACUAGAGCUCGUCGUUCAGUGGAGAACGUCCCAGAGAAGCCGGAGCCGGAGCCGGAGCCGGAGCCAGAACAAGAACCAGCUUCUACAGAACAACAAACACAAGUGGACCAGCCUCAAGCCGAAGCCCGUGAACCGGAACUGUCGCAGAAGCGUCGCGGCAGGCCAUCAGGAUCGAAGACCGGAGCUGGAAAGUCAAAACAGCGCAACAGACAGUCAUCCGCGCAAGGAGAAGAAGCUGAAGCGGAUGGUGAGAGUAAACGCCGUGGAGAAACGGUUCCAGUUACAGUCCACCGUCUCGCUAAUGUCACAGCACUGGAUUCGCUUGCUGAUGACUCUGCGAACUCCUCCUCCGACGAAGAAUCCGCUGAUGAAUUGUCCACGCGGAAGAAAUUCCCCAAUCGCGGGGGCGUCAACCCCGCCGAUGUACUCAGCCAGAUCUGUCGCGAGACGCUGGAGAAGACGCUGACCACGCUGAAGAACGGGAUCGCGAAUGAGUCGAAUCCGGCUCGACGGUCGGAAUGGACCCGCAAGCGGAAGGCCGUCGAAGCGUAUGGCGCCGAGCUCGAAGGACGACUCUUUGAGCUGAGCGAGAUGCUCGACAGCAACUUUGUGUUGAGCGUGCAGCUCAAGAAGGCGAAGAGGGAGAUGGCGGACUUGCGGAACCGACUUCUCCAGGUCCGGCAACAGAGGCAGGAAAUUGCGUUGCGGAUGGACGAGGUGCGAAGAAAACAUAAUGAAGAGGAAAGCGAGAAGAUGUCCCGCAACACGAUCAACAACUCUCUCCACAACCUCGAGCUUGCCCUCGACCGCAACAAAGUCCGCAACGUCGAUGAGACAAGCGAGGCCGGCGAAGAUUCAUCAUCCCGCUCUGCCUCCAGUAUAGCUGGUCUGGAGUUCUUACUCCGCACCGUCGCGGACAACGUCAGCUCCAUCGCUCCGGGGGCUCAGGGCGGACUGCUGAAUCAAGUCAAGGCCUUCAACGCGCAGUUGGAGAUGGCGCUCAAAAGACUGGAAAAUAAAUAG